GUCCGUCACCCAGUUAUCUGUGUCAACAACCAUGUCUUCUGUUCCAUUUGUAUUGAAGUGUGGCUGAAGAACAAUAAUCAGUGCCCAGCUUGCAGGAUUCCCAUAACACCUGAAAAUCCCUGCAAGGAAAUUAUAGGAGGAACGAGUGAAAGUGAUCCUGUAUGUAGUCCAACAGUCAGAAAACACCUACGUAAAACAAGGCUUGAAUUGCUCCACAGAGAAUAUGAGGAUGAAAUAGAAUCCCUGCAAAAAGAAGUAGAAGAUCUGAGAGGUAAAAAUCUCAGUUUACAGACACAGCUGAAAUCUCUUCUGGAUCCUAUGGCAACGGCUUUGUCUUGCCAAAACGAGGAAAGUAGCCAGUCAGCAAGUGAAGCAAGUACCCAUGGCACAGAAACCCCAGAGGAAUGGAGCAAAAAGCUGAAAGCUGCCAAUGAUAUGUAUGAAAAACUGAUGGAUAAUAUGGAAAAGCUAAAAGAGGCAAAUAAGAAACUGAGCAUGGAAAACAAUAGCCUUUUAAGAGAGAAUUCGCGACUAAAAGCUGAAGUUGAUAGUAGAUCACCCCAAAAGUUUGGUAGGUUUACAGUAGCUGCACUUCAGUCCAGAGUGGACCAAAGUGAACGUGAAAUGAACCGUCUGAAAAAGGCACUGGAAAGAAGUGAUAAAUACAUAGAAGAAAUGGAGUGUCAGCUUUUACAGCUGAAAAAUCCAAGCAAAGGCAGCCAGACAGUGAGUGCUGUUAGUGAGAGAGCACUUUCCACAGAUGCUGAAGGAGGUGAGAGCAGUGAAAACGCAACGUGUUUGAAAACCCAAGUUGAGGAGAAAAAAGCUUUGACUACCAGUCAAAGUCCUGACAGUCUUGAACAGCUGACAAGUGGUGGAACUUGCUUAAGCUCUUCUAGUCAAGAUGGUUUGAAUAGCUCAAAUACUCAGUGUGCCCCAAAGAAAGAUCUAUUUCCAGGAUGUCACGGGGUUCUCCUGGAUGAAAAUACUACAAAUAUGGAUGCCUGCUUAGAAGAGCAGUGGAAUAAAAUUGAGGAAUGUACCCCAUAUAAGAAUGAAGAACUUUAUGAUCUUCCACCACCAUGUACUCCUUUUCUGUCUCUCAGUCGCCUUCGGUUGAACACACCUGAUGGAAAAGAAAAUGCAAGAAAACCAUCAACAUUCCUGAGAAAAUUGAAAUUUGAAGAGUUUCAUGACACUUCAGAUGGUUGCACGAAAGAUUCUCCUGAACACAGCACAAGCAGCUGCAAUAGUGAAAAGAAGCUAAACUGUUUUACUACAGGAAAAUCAGGGUUUUGGGGCACCUGCCCAGCAAAUUUUGCUGAGAACUUAGAUUUUGAUGAAUCAGAGCAAAAUUCAGUAGUUGAUCAGUCAGAUGAGACAGCAGCAAAGUCCAGCGAUAGAACAAGUUCUUGCUUACCUAAAAGGUUACAUACUCUCUGCUCUUCUGAAAUGAAUCGCACAAGGACCUCUAGUGAGGCAUCUAUGGAUGCUGCCUACCUCGAUAAAAUUUCCGAGUUAGACUCAAUGAUGUCCGAGUCAGACAACAGCAAGAGUCCAUGCUAUAAUUUCAAGUCCCCUGAUCUUGAUAAUUCUUCAAAGUCAACAGACUGCUCUAAGCUUCUGAAUGGAACUGAGAAGAAACUGGAAGACAUGAAUGAGGAACAGAGUAUGAAGUGUCCAGAGACAAGUGAUCUCGCAGCUGACAGAACUGGUUGGAAACCUGCUAUGUUUUCCAACCUCUCCCCGUCUGACCUAGAUAUGAAUGACCACUUUCCGCUGUUUACAGGCCAAAACGUAGUGUCUAGUGAUACCAAACCUCCAAACUCUUUAUUUCAAAGAGACUUUUCCCCAAGUGUACUCUUCAGUAACUCACAAAGGUUGUUCGAGGAACAAAAGUUUGGCUCCUGCUUUUUAAAGAUGUCAUCUGAUCUGCACAGUCAGCUUAAUCCUCCUUGGGUGUCUUCCUUUACAGCUGAAAGGAAAAAUAAAAAUGUCAGUCAGUCAACCAAGAGGAAAAUUCAAAGCAGCCUUUCCAGUGCUAGUCCAUCAAAAACCACCAAAAACUGA